AUGAUGGCUUCAAUACGGACUCUCCUCCUCGCCUCCCUCUCGUUGGCAACCGUCAGCGCUCAGGAUGCAAGGAUAUCUUGGAUCGAAAAUGCCCCGGCGUGGCAGGAAGAAUCACUGAUGCAUCUCCAAAUCAGCCCACCCGAGAGCUCGAUUCUGCAGCUGACAUUUGAUGUCUACCCGUUGACCCGCGCGGUCGGGUUGAACGAGAGCACAGAAUCGAUUGCCCUGGUCAGCUGCGACUCCAACAGCUCGACGAGCCUCGUGGGCGAGCUCAUCACGACUGCCAAGCCGAGGGCGAUAUUGCUUUACAGCAUCAAGGGGAACUGCUGCGCGCUGCAGGGUUCCUAUCAGGGCUUGGAAGGGACGCCUUACGAUACAUUGUUCACCAUGGCGAACCAGGAGGAAUCCAUUGCUGCCAUGAACAGCACACGCUUGGCCGGGGCGUCGGCUGCUGCCACCAUCACUGGCGGCAUCACUGCUGCCGGCCCAGAAACGAGUGCCCAAGUACCGCACAAUGGGAACAAUUCGGCGGUGGCGAUGAGCAUCCUGUAUAGCAUCACAGGUCUCAUCACGCUCCUCUUUCUCGUUAUCAUUGCGACGGGCGCUAUCAGGGCACAUCGAUAUCCGGAACGAUAUGGGCCGCGAUCGGGUUACGGCGGAAGGCCCCGACAAAGUAGGGCAAAGGGGCUGGCGCGCGCGGUGUUGGAGACGCUUCCCAUUGUCAAGUUUGGGGAUCCGGCACCGGCAAAACCUGAUCCAGCCCUCGAGCUCGAGUCCCAAACAUCUCGAUCAUCAUCCGAGCCGGGGAUAGGGACCAGAUUAUCAGCCAUCCCAGAGGAGCCCAAGACGCCCAGGACACCCAAAACACCCAAAACACCCAAAACGCCAGCAAAGCGGCAAAAUGAAGGUCUGGGGACAGUCUUGGAGUCUGAAGAUGACGACCAGCCAGCCGUAAACCCAACAAUUGCUGCCCCCAAAGACGCCAAUGGUGGCGAGAAUGGGACCAAGGACGGCAAGCGGAUAUCAGAGGAGCACCUCGGAUGCUCAAUCUGCACCGAGGACUUUCUUGUGGGGGAGGACGUACGAGUGCUACCUUGUGACCACCAAUUUCACCCGCCGUGUAUCGACCCGUGGUUGAUCAACGUAUCCGGGACUUGUCCACUGUGCCGUCUCGACCUCCGACCCCACGACGAGCAAAACCCAGAAGACCCCCAUCACCUCGCACCACCCUUGGCCGGCGAAUGGAAUGAGAAUAACGCUCAAACGACACAGCAACAACGCCGGAAAUCACUACGGUUCCUCGACCUGCACCGCCUCCGGCACGCCUCGGUUGAGGAACGGAUUGAAAUCUUGAGAAGACACCGAUCACAGCAGCAGUUGAGAGAGUCUCAACCACCGCAGUCGUCUUCGUCGGGGUCGACGACGGCAGAUUCGGAGGAGCAUCACAGCCGACGGGCGAGCUUGGCGGAUAGGCUGAGGGAUAAGUUUAGGGUUCAUACCACCACGAGGCAGGAUGGUGGUGAUGGGGAGAUGACAAGGACGACGACGACGACGACGACAACAACGGCAAGGGAGGCUGGACCACCACCGGCCUCGACAUAA